AUGCCACCAGCGAAAAAGAGAAAAACUGAGGCAUCUCAGGAGCCUCGGCCAGCUUCUGAACAGCAAGAGCAAAACGGAGCGCAGGAAGAACAGCCAACUGUCCAGGAUUCGACACCCGAGGUCGAGAGCAGAAGCGACGACAAAAAAGUCAGUCAAUCACCAACCCUAGCAACCGAUCCAUCAGACGACACAUCAGAACAACCUAGCGAGUCUUCUACGAAAAAUGCGGCUCUGACGGCUGCGCAGGAGCGGCUGGCCCGCUUCCGGGCGCUGCAGGCGCGCGCCAAAGAGUCGUCACAACAGAAUCUCAAGGAGGCCACGAAGGAGUCGCAACGACUCGCGACUGACCCGAGCCAGCUAACUGCGCUCAGUCGAAAGCAUGCAAUUGCAGCACAUAAGCUGUUGAAGGCAGAGAUUGAGGACGCUGGCGGCGACUUCGAGCGCAAGCGGGCAUGGGACUGGACGGUAGAGGAGGCUGAGCGUUGGGACAAGCGGAUGAAGAAGAAGGAGGCGCACCGCGACGACACGGCCUUCCGGGAUUAUGCGCGCGAGGCGGAGAAGACGUACAAACGCCAGAUUCGGAAUAUGGGCGCGCCAGACCUGGAAAAGUAUAUGCGUGAAAAGCUGUCGGCUAUCGAGAAAGCUGCUGCUGCCGGCACCCUUGACAUAAUCGAGACUGAGGAUGGUGAAAUGAUUGCUGUUGACAAAGAUGGGACCUUCUUCAGCACUGCCAACGCGACUGACUUUGCUCAACAUAAGCCUGACAAGGCCGCCGUCGAUCGGUUGGUCGCUGACUUGCGCAAGGCCGAGGAAGCGUCGCUCAAGCGCCGUCGUGAGAAGUUGGCCAAGAGUGGAGAGGAGCACGGUGAUGUCACGUACAUCAACGAGAAGAACAAGCAGUUCAACGCGAAGCUUGCUCGGUUCUACAACAAGUACACGGCCGAGAUCCGGGACAGCUUCGAGCGGGGUACCAUGGUCUAG